UUCUCUAGGAACUGGGGAGAAGGCUGGGGCUUUGUGCCUUCUGACAGAGCCCUGGUCUUUGUGGAUAACCACGACAACCAGCGCGGGCACGGGGCAGGCGGAGCUUCCAUUCUUACCUUCUGGGAUGCCAGGCUUUAUAAAAUGGCAGUCGGUUUCAUGCUCGCUCAUCCGUACGGCUUCACGCGGGUGAUGUCAAGUUAUCGUUGGCCGAGAUAUUUCGAGAAUGGAGCGGAUGUCAACGACUGGGUUGGUCCGCCCAGUAACUCGGACGGAUCGACGAAGUCCGUGACAAUCAAUGCAGAUACUACUUGCGGCAACGACUGGGUCUGUGAACAUCGCUGGCGACAAAUAAGGAACAUGGUUGUCUUCCGUAACGUGGUAGACGGUCAGCCUUUCUCAAACUGGUGGGACAACGGGAGCAAUCAAGUAGCUUUUGGUCGCGGCAACAGAGGCUUCAUCGUCUUUAAUAAUGACGACUGGUGAGUGAUCUCUGGGACAGCUACG